CUAAUUGCUUCCUCUCACACGCUUAACUCUUUUCACAUUCCAAAUUCAAAAAAUCUGAAUUAAGAAAAUGUCUCAUUUGGCUUUUAUGUUUGUGGCUGCAUUGUUGUUGACCACUACAAUGGCUCAAUCUCCAGCUUCAUCUCCAAUCAAAUCGAAGUCGCCUAGAAAAGUGAUUUCUCCUUCCCCUGCUGCCGUGACUCCGCCACCUGCUUCUUCUCCCGCCACCGGUGGUUCUUCUCCCGAACAUUCGCCAUCUCCUUCGGCGAUCUCUCCUUCUUCCAUCUCUGGUCCACCAUCUGAAGCACCAGGGCCUGCUUCCAGUGGUGUAGUUUUGAACAGAGUCUCUGUUGCGGUUGGAUCUGCGGUUCUGAUUUUCGUAGCUGCUUUGAUCUUGUAGAGACGGGAAUUCUUCUAUGCACUUGUCUUUUUAUUUAAUUAAACUUCUACAUAUUCUUUGAUUUGAUUUGAUUUAUUUUGUACUCCCACAGAUCUUUUUCUAAGUGAUAUAAACAUAAUUUUUUUUUUA